UCCUAACUCGACGAGUCUGUCCGCAGAUGCUGUUGCUGCUGCUGAGCUAGAGCUGGGGAUUAUUGCACAAGUCAAAGUGUAGGCUGUUGCCGAGUGGGUGUCUCCUCGCCCACACUCAGUACUUUUCAUCUCUCGCUCUUCUUUCAUCCAGUGUUACUUGUUUAUUGAGUGACACGCGGACUAUGAAAAAUAUGACUUUCCGACGCGUAAAGAAGCUGAACUCAAAAGAGCCGGACAGCGGUUCGUUGUGUCAUGACAGUGGAGAUAUCUACUUUACCUCCUCCAAAUCGGACAGCUGUACUGUGGACCGUGGACCCUCAAACUCCACUGAGGUGUAUAAUUAUAAGACCCUCGCUUACUCUGGAGGGACCCUACCAAGGAAUUUUAAAAAGAACGGCGGGCUGCAAAAAUGGAAGCCCCUCUCACAGUCUCCAGAACCACAAAGGAAAACGGUGAUCCUGGAGAAGAAAGAGGAGGAGGCCUUUGGCUUUGAAAUCCAGACAUACGGACUGCAUCACCAGAGUGAGAACUCGGUGGAGAUGUGCACCUUUGUUUGCAAAGUUCACGAAGACAGUCCUGCCCAACUUGCAGGCCUUAAAGUCGGAGACACGAUUGCCAGCGUGAACGACACUUCUGUGGAAGGCUUUCGCCAUAAAGAAAUCGUCCAGCUCAUUAAAUCAUCAGGCAACGACAUUAGGCUAGAAACGGUCUACAGCAACUCUAUUAGAAAAGCAGAAUUGGAAGCCCGACUGCAGUAUCUAAAGCAAACCCUGCAUGAGAAAUGGGAUGAAUACAGAUCUCUAAUGGUGCAAGAACAGCGGCUUGUGCAUGGCAUCGUAAUGAGUGACGUGGCUGUGUACGAGUCUCUAGAGUCAGCCGGCGUGUACGGUAGUCUGGGAGCUCCGAGCCCGGCGGCCAUGCGCGCGUUACAUGGCACCGGUAGCACGAGCAGCAGCGUGAGCCACCUCAGUGCCGCCACGGCCGAGGACGAUCCACUCUACCAAACCUGCAUCUACCAGGGGGAACGUGGCAACAACACCAGCAACGACGAGCUCGACACAAACCAAGAGAAGACUCAAAGCGGCCGCCCACGGAUCACCCGACCCGCCAGCGAGCUCUUCGCUACUGCCAAGACAACCCUGACCCGCAGCGCCAGCACACGCAGCUACAUGAGGGGCCCGGCAUCGUCCUCGGUCCCUAAUGGAGAAAAACAGCAGUCCGGAGGGUUCAGCACACUGCAGCGCAAACCCAAACAGAAGAGCUUCAGGCGGAGGCUGUUGAAGUACAUUCCCGGACUAAACCGACCCCUGGAAGAGGAGGAAAGCAAACUGUGAGAAA